GCACUGACAUAGUAUCAAUAUUAUCGGAUAAUAACGCACUAAUACACGCAAUAUGGCUCGACAUAGGAUUAUCAUCGAUACAGACCCGGGAAUAGACGAUAUCUUAGCAUUGCUGCUCGCACUAUCGGCGUCACCAGAGGACUUGGAAGUUCUUUUGAUUUCCCUCACAUAUGGGAAUAUUGAUGUCGAAAACUGUCUUCGAAAUGUGGUCUCCCUCUUCCACCACGUGGAGAAAGAGCGGGAAUGGAGAAAGUCUAAAGGUCUCCCCGAGGGCUUUGAUGCAUUGGACGCAAGGAAGCCGAUUGUGGCCGUAGGCGCUGUGGGACCCCUCGCAGCCCAAAUCAUAUUGGCGGACUACUACCACGGGAUCGACGGACUUGGGGGUAUCCAUCAUACUCAUCCUCAUCUCUCCCCGGAAGCGACAUGGAGACAUCUCUUCCAAUCAUCCCAAGCCGCCGACGACGACGCCAUCCGCGACCAAAACCCCCCCAAUCUCUUCAUCCCCUCCAAACGGCCCGCCCAUGAAGAAAUCCUUCAGAUCCUCCGGGACAACCCACCCGACACCAUCACGAUCGUGACCAUCGGGCCCUUGACGAACGCCGCUCAUGCAGCGGCAGUCGACCCGGAGACGUUCCUGCGCGCCAAGCAAGUGCUCACCAUGGGCGGGGCGGUGGAACUCGAAGGAAAUAUGAACCCCGUUGCAGAAUUUAAUAUUUACGCCGAUUCGAUCGCUGCUGCUCGGGUCUUCGCGCUUUCGUCCCCGAAGCCGCUGAGCACCAUGCCUCUAGUGCCACCUGCUAAGGAGGCUGGGGUCGCUGAAGACCCUUGCCUGGCUGCGUAUCCGGCAACGUUGGGUAGGAGGUUGGAGUUGAAGCUGUUUCCUUUGGAUAUCACGACGACCCAUAACCUGACACGCCAGUAUUGGGACAAGAUGAUGAAGCAGCCACUUGAAGAUGGAUCGCCGCUGGCUCAUUGGAUGUCCGCAUUUCUCGAAUCGACGUUUCGAAAAGCCGAGGAGCUGUACCAUCUCCGGCCGGAGGAGGUGGGAUUGAAUCUUCACGAUCCACUGCCCAUUUGGUAAGUUGUCGUUUUCGCCUCUCACCAUCCGCUUCAACAAUAUGGUAUUCAUGACGAUUGCAACAGGUACCUCCUCUCCGAAGCAGCUGGCGGGUGGACGCUCUCCAAGCCGACUGAUGUGCGCAUCGAGACAUCCGGCCAAUGGACCAAAGGGAUGUGCGUCAUUGACAGACGCCCGAGGAAGCGUCGUGAGGAGGACGAUGAGCGUGGGGAGAUUCCUGGAGACUCGGGCGAUUGGCUGAGCUGGAAUUCCGGAAACCGCGUGAGCAUCGUCAAGGAUAGCCCCGGGGUGGAUGUUGCGCAGCAAGUCCUCCUGAGGAGCAUCUUGCACGGGUUGUGAGGAUCCACUCGCAUAGAUGAGGUGUCUUUUGUCGGUUUAGCUCAGCUUCUGUAGAUAGCCUUGUUGGAUGAGUCGCUCGACGU